AUCUAUAUUGUUUAUGGUAACGCGAAUUUUGCAUGUGUUGUGUUCUGCAUUUCAUUUUUGUUGCCGACAAUUUACUAAUUAUUUAGUUACAAAAACAGUAAUAUAAUUUAUAUUUCGCUUACAAUAAACUUCAUACAUCAUCUGGUAGUGUUAAACAUAAAGUUCUAGUGUAGAUUAUAGUGUAAAUAACAAUGGCAACUGUACAAGGCAACAAGCCGCAAUGGCCGACCCGGCCCGGCUUACAACAUCAAAACAGCCAUUUAACGCCGAAUUUAACAUUAAACAGGACAAUAAAUCUGUAUCCGCUAACAAAUUACACGUUCGGAACGAAGGAGCCGUUGUUUGAGAAAGAUGCUUCGGUGCCGGCGCGGUUUCAAAGAAUGCGUGAGGAGUUUGCUAAAAUUGGAAUGAGAAGGUCAGUGGAAGGUGUGCUACUGGUGCAUGAACACGGCUUGCCCCACGUCUUGCUGCUGCAGCUCGGCACUGCCUUCUUCAAGCUGCCCGGCGGAGAGCUCAACCCUGGGGAGGAUGAAAUUGAAGGUCUGAAGCGACUGCUCACAGAGACACUCGGACGUCAGGAUGGAAUCAAACAGGACUGGUUAAUAGAGGACACGAUUGGCAACUGGUGGCGACCCAACUUCGAACCACCCCAGUAUCCAUACAUACCACCCCACAUAACCAAACCCAAAGAGCACAAGCGCCUCUUCCUCGUCCAACUCCAGGAUAGGGCCCUGUUCGCUGUGCCCAAGAACUAUAAACUGGUUGCCGCACCACUGUUUGAAUUAUACGACAAUGCCCAAGGCUACGGGCCCAUUAUAUCCUCUUUGUCACAGAGCCUUUGUAGGUUCAACUUUGUUUAUAUGUAAUUUAUACUACACUUAAGCAUCUAACUAAGCGAAAACUGUAAAAAGUCCUAUAUUUUAUAGAUUGGUAUGUCAAAUGGGCUGUAGGGAUAACAUUCCACUGAAGUAUUGUUUUCUUUGUAGGGCUAUUGGUCAAUAGCCCACUCUUUAUUAAUAGUCCAAUAAAAUAAGGAAAUUAAAUAGUAUAAUUGCCUCUUCCUUGUCUAACUUCAACAUAGAACUCUAAUUGCUGUUCCCAAGAACUAAGUAUCUUGAGUAAAUUUCUGAUAAUAGGUAUCUGUGAACUGUAAGAUAAUGGUCAGGACUAUUAUUAAUUAAAUAAAUGUCAUCCUCUCUCUUGCAGAGCCUUUAUAUAUUAAAUUUCGUUUACACUUAACUGUCUGACUAAGCAAAAACUUGAAUUUCAAGUCUUAUAUGAUAUUGAUGAUUAUUCUAAUGGACUAUUGGGCAAUAGUGCACCAUUCAAUAGCCUACUAUAUAGAAGUUUAAUACAAAAAUAACAAGGAUGAGUAUAUCUGCUUAUUCCUUCAAGAGCUCUGUUUUGCUUGUACCAAGAACUUAAAAAUUCUCAAUAAAGACAUAUUUGAACUGUAUCAUAAGGCUAUGGGCCCAUUAUAUUGUUUCUCUCGCACCGCUUUUGUAGUCUCAAUUUGUCCAUGCUCAAAUGCAGUUUUUCCUGCUAGAGAGCGAUAAUUAUUGUCAAAUUUCACAUUGGACUAUUGGCAAAGAAAUAUUGGAUUAGUAUAUUAUCCAUUGCUAGGGGCUUUUCGCUUCAUUGUAGGGGAAUAAAUAUUAGUCAUGACCAAAAUACAUAAACAACAGUGUUUUAAUAACGACAAAAUAUUUGAUUCUGUUGAUUUAUUAAUGACUUGUUGGACUAUUGUCAUACUUCUAAUACAGGCUUUUCGCUUAGUUGGACGGGAAAUUGGCCAUGUCAUUGGCAUGUCCAUUAUAUAUUAAUUAAAAAAAUUGAGGGUUGUUCAAAAACAAUAAGUAUAAUAUGUAUAUUAUUAUUUUUACCUGUCACCUCAAUACAUUAUCACACUGUUUAUGUAGUGUAGACAGAGAAAUAAAUAGACAGAUGAAAAACGCCCAUUACAUUACUUGGAAAAAGAGAACAAUUUACUGGUCUCUGUAAAGGAGUUUCAAUAUUUGGAGUGUGAGUUUUUUCUGUCAAAUUAUAUGAUUAAACACUGUCUCUAUAGAAUCGAUGUUUCAUAGUUUAAAAUCGGUUAAAAAUCUCCGUAAAAAUACCUUUUUGUGUAGUUAAAUGGUGUAAAAACGAACAAAACCUGCUAGUUUAGUAUAAGAUAUGUAUGAAAUCUAAGCUCGUUUUCCUUAGAAAACGGCAGAAAAUUUUGUUUGUGAAUUUGGGUGCAAUACUAGUCCUUGUGUAUUUAGUCUGAGAGUCGGAACGAUCCAAGAAUGUCAUUGAUGCUCUACAUUUGUCUAUUUACUUCUCUGGCUAUGCUUCACAGUUGUGGAAAACAUAUCACACUAAUCCAUAGACAAGUGUAGUGUUAUAUAUACUAUUUGACCAUUGAUGUAUAUUUCAAGAGGCUAUUGGAAAAUAUACCGUGGAACCAUUGCUCAAACAGUCCGCUCGACUUGGUGAAUAGUCCACCAAUUUCAAUAGUUCACUAUUGAUGUUUAUACAAGUGUAGUGUUAUAGUAUUUGACUAUUAAUAUAUAUUUUAAGAAGCUAUUGGAAAAUAUACAGUGGAACCAUUACUCGAAUAGUCCACGUGACUAUUGGUCAAUAGUCCGCCAUUUUUUCAAUAGUCCACUAUUAAUGUUUAUAGAUUCCCUGUCUAUGCGAACAGUAGCAAAAUAGCAUUAAUCCAUAGACAAGUAUUUUGAAUAUAUUGAGGUGGCAUGCAAAAAUAAUUUAGAUAUACCCUCAUAGUUAAAGAAAAAAUAUUGUUUUUUUUUUUUAAUCUGACUACAAAUUGUCAUUAGAUUGUAAGAAACAUUUUGACUAAAGAAUAAGAUGGAAUACAGUGCGUUUUAUUUAUUGUACCUGAAGAAAGAAGACUGUUCUUUAGAUGAUAAGUGUUAAUCUAGUUAUAUUUAUUUAUUUACAUGUACUAUUUACAAGUACAGAAUAGUAAAUUAUUGUAUUUACAUUACAAAGUAUUUCCCAUAAUGGUGGGUUUCAAAUUUUAGAAAAAUACAUAAUAUUUAUAUUAUUAAAAAUCUUAUGAAAAAAAUGCUAGUGUUGUUAAAAAUUUUUGUAUAACACUGUAUUUUGUUUUUUUUUUUUUUUUAAUUUUUUUCAUAAAGUUUUAUAAAAAAAAAUUACAAGAGUCAUAAAGAGUAAGACUUCUAAAUGUAAGAGGUCCAAUUCUGUACAUUGAAGAUAUUAUUUUGAAAAAAUUUUUUGGAGUUUGGAGAGGCACUCUGUAAUCGACAAUGAAGCUAAAAUGUUUUUUUUUACUUUUGUCUGUCUGUCUUGUUAUCCACCGCGCAUCAAGCCGAAACUACUGUAUAAAUUCAAAUUAAUCUAUGGUGAAGGUUAUGGGAUAUUUUUUAUCGUGAAAAUGAAAAUAGAAGGGGUUGAAAGCUUGUAUGGAUAAUCCAUAUUUUUAAAGUUUUAUUUAUAAUGAUGAUGAUUGUAAUAGUACACAAUCAGAAAAAUAUUAAAAAUGUAAAAGGGUUUGAAAGUUUUUUUUAUAUAUUUCAUAUUUGUUUGUUUUAACUUAUAUGUACUAGGUAUUACAUAUACAAACUGUUUUUCCAUAAUGGUGGAUGAUUACUAUUUUUAGAAUAUGUAAUAUAUAAUUAUGUAAUACAUAUUUAUAUAUAAGUAUUCUUAUAAAAACAAUGCAUUUAUGGCAACUUAUGGAAAAUAAUAUAUUUUUUUCAGAGAGAAGAAAGAAAAUCUAUACAUUUAUUACUAUCAAGUUAAUUUUCCUUGAGAGUAGCUUCAUCUCGAUGAGACGCUCAACUAUUUUAUUUACGAAAAUUCUAGAUUCUGGCAGCUAACUGGGUUACCAGGUACCGUAUAAAAAUAUGGUAAUAACCACAAUGUCCUACAAAUUGCUAGGUACAUACCUACAUUAUCUCGUUCCGAUGCUCAGAUAUUUUUAUUACCUGGUAACCCAGUUAGCUACCAAAAUCAUGAAUUUUCGUAAAUAAAAUAGUUGAGCGUCUCAUCGAGAUGAAGUUACUCUCGGAAAAUUAACUUGACAGUAAUCAAUUGUAAGAAAUGCACCUCUAAUCCUGGGUGAGCCGUGAUAGCCAAGUGGAUAUGACCUCUGCCUCCGAUUCCGGAGGCUAUGGGAUCGAUUCCGGUCCGGGGCAUGCACUUCAUUCAUUUUAAGAAAUUAAAUAUCACGUGUCUCAAACGGUGAAGGAAAACAUCGUGAGGAAACCUGCAUACCAGAGAAUUUUCUUAGUUUUCUGUGCGUGUGAACUCUGCCAAUCCGCAUUGGGCCAGCGUGGUGAACUAUUGGCCUAACUCCUCUCAUUAUGAGAGGAGACUCGAGCUCAGCGGUGAGCCGAAUAUGGGUUGAUGAUGACGAUGAUGAUGAAUCCUGGGUUAUUGUACGUUAUUUGCGUCGGUAAAGAAUGACCUUUAUCUGAAUAUACAAUAUUUUUGUAAAUCUGUAAUACUUAUAAUAUGAAAAUGCAAUAAAUUCGUAUUUUUAUUACCA